AUGACCCUCCUUCCCACCCGCUGUAAUUCAGCAAGAACCCUCGCAACCUGGCACAACGUCGCCAAACCAGCCGACCUCCUGGUCCUACUCCUCAUCGGGUCCACAGCAACACUCAUAGCAACCAUCGUCGUGAACGCCGUUACCUCAGCUAACGCACCGGACAAUGACUACUCCCCCGAUACUGGCUGGGCGACCAUGAUGCCAGUCCCAACCUGGGGCUUCCUCUGGACCCUCCUCGACAUCUUCAUCUGCCGCUUCUGGGUCCUGAAUCCGAUCUAUGCGCUGGUCAUGACGACUUUGUUGUUUUGUGGGUACAUUGUGACUGGGACCUUGACGGCUAUGUUCUUCGAGUGGGCGACCGACGGCGCUUGGGUGCCUGCGGUGUUCUUCUUCAUUAUGGCGGUCCUACAUGCUGUGUACUUGAGAUAUGCGGCGAGAGCUGUGCAUGUUGGCAAGAAGCGCACAAAAGCGGAUGACUUCGUCGCCAGAUUUGAUGAGCCGUGA